AACCGGCCAAUGGGCUUGCACCUCUCAACAAAGGCCGCCAUUAACUUCAGCCAAUCCGGUCAGUUUGGUCACGAGAGUGGGGUUACCACAAAAGGCCUCCCCAAGACGGUAUUGUUUCGGACGUGUCUAUUGGUGGACGGGGAGAUCUGUGGGAAAUCUUCCAGCGGUGGAUUCACACGACUAACAUCUCCAGGUAUUACGGCGAAGGUCUCCCCCUCAGUCCAAAGAAGAAAAGGAAAAAACCCCGAGCCAUUCCGAUGCGUAGAAGAGAAUCCCACACGAACUGUCACCGAGCCAACGAAGCGUGGUGGAUGAUUACAUGACGAAGAGGUCGCUGUUAAACCCACAGUAAUCUAACCAAUGUAUACAUGCCGAUACGUGUGCCCCCUUCUUUAUUAACGAAUCGGGGACAUUUGGCUAGCAUUCCGAUACACUAUACUCAGGGGUCGAUCGUUGUGGCGGAGAAGGAUGACUAGCGCACCAACGGAGAAACAAACAAUGAAGGCCUCUAAGCCGGCUAUGGAGAAGAGACGAAGAGCUAGGAUAAAUGAAAGUCUACUACAACUCAAGUCGCUGGUUCUUGAUGGACUGAACAAAAACAAUCCCCGCCAUUCCAAGCUGGAGAAAGCUGACAUCUUGGAAAUGACAGUCCGAUACUUAAGAAACGUUCAGCGCCAACAAGUCAAAACUUCCGUAGAUGUCGAUCCAGCAGUUCUCACAAAGUACCGAACGGGAUUCGCAGAGUGCAUGGGUGAAGUCUCGCGUUAUCUCGGCGGGGCGAUGGACGAGAACCCGGAGGUACGUGCCCGCCUCUUGGGCCACCUCGCCGGGCUGUGCACCACCCAACAACAGCAACGUGGACAGCAACCAAUCAAAUUUGCCGGUGGUUCCCAUUCACAGACUCAAGGAACCAAUCACGUGCAGCUAUCCCCUACACCGGUGACCUCACAUGGAUUGGAAGCCACGGUUCGCCCCAGUCCGCCAAUCCAAGUCAGCUCCGCCCAGUCACCGUAUGCUAACUUCCUCACACCACCCCCGAGCAGAACCCAUAAAGUACCCGUCGUGGGGCGGCAACCUGUUUCAACAUUCCUCACAUCACCCAAAGUGGAGGGGGCGAGGACUGGGUUCACACCCCGUCAGGCACCCAUCACGCAGGACCAAAAACUCCCCGCAACUCCUUCAUCCCAAUCAGACACACCGGUCGCCAAAGGGGCAAACACGCAGUCUGUAAUCGUCGCUCAAAACCUACCGACGAAGGCGUCUCAACAACCGCCCAAGUUCAACGAGAUGAUCACGCUAAUCCUGCCUAGCCAGUCGCUACCUGGCGGCCAGGUACCUACCCAUCUAAUCCCCGUCUACGCCCCACAAGCAAACGCUAUCACCUCCCUCCCCGGUGUUGUCACUUUCCAAAAGCCAAGUCCUGCUGCAACUGCAACAGCAGAACGCUCCUGUGACGUCAGCCCCUCACCUGCGUCCACGGCAAGCCCAAGAAUGACGUCAGGAGCGCCAUCUUCGGCAAUAGAUGGCCAACAAGUUGCCUGGACUGCCAUUCCUAUACCAGCUGCGCAGCUCAUAUCGCCACGACCUGGAGCUGUCGCCCCCUCUAUCCUAGCCCCACCCCUCGCCAUUUCUUUUCCAUUUAAUGCCGAAAUCUCGCCAGCAAGACUAGCCUCUCACGAGAAACCGCGAGAGCAGAUAGGACGUCCCAUUCGACUGGCGGGGGUGUAUCCAAAUUAUGAAGUGUCAGGGGACGAUGACCCUAUGUGGAGACCAUGGUAGACAAUGAUUUGUUGUGAUGUGUUAAACAUUUUGAAGUGUUCUUAUUUUCAUAUUUAAUUUCAAAUAUUUUCGAAAUGUGUUUUUUGUGAAUUUAAUAUAUUUUUAAAACAUAAAAAAAAGAGUAAGACAGUAUGCAACUUAGGCUGAAUAUUAAAAUAGACAAGUCAUUAACUGGAUAAUGCCCCAAAAUGUUUUCUCAAAGAAAAUUUAUGUCUAAACACCGUCAUUUUAAAGUUUGAUCUCUAUUUCACUUCACGAGUCUUAUUUCUCAGUAAAAAUGUAGUUUAAUCACCAAAUAUCAGGUCUGUUACUUCAGGGAGGCAACGAAAGCGAAUGCCUCCACGCACCCUUGUCUUUACCUUGGUGCCCUUGAAAUGCUCAAGUAGAAAUUUACAAUUUCCUUUAGGGUGCCCUUUACUAAGGAUUACUUAAUUCAAAGAUUGUUAUUUUGUCUUCCAUUCCAAAGUAGCUAUUUUUUCUAUAAUAGAGUUUGUACAUUUUGUAACAUGAAGAAAAAUAUUUAUAUAUUUUUUCUACUGAUUUGAUUUGCAAUUUAUUGAUUAAUCUGAUUUGGAAAAAGGUGAGUUAGUUUGUCGUGAUUUAAUUUACUUAAUUUAUUUCUUUUAUCUGAGAAGUUUUGUCUGCCCUUAAAGGCACUGGACACCUUUGGUAAUUGUCAAAGACCA